AUGGCUUUCGUGCUAGCGGGAGAAGUUCAAUGGCACGACGGGGAGGAGAAAAUGCACCAGCUCAUGCGCGUUCCGUAUGAAGAGAACCCAACGGCUUCCUUCCUAAGCCCCGGUGCAGCUGCACUAGCACAAAGGUGCCCUCUACUCGCCUUAGGAACGCUUGACAAGCAAGGACGGCCGUGGAGUACGGUAUGGGGAGGGCAAGCCGGAUUCGUUGGUCCUGUUGCUCAAUCCGUUAUUGGCAUUAGGAACGUCAUCGAUGGAACUUAUGAUCCUGUUACGGAAACGCUACUUGGUGGUGAACUAGCCGGUACAAUUGUUAAAGAAUCAGGCCCUGGGAGGCUCAUGUCUGGACUACCUGUUGACUUGGAAAAUAGGAGGCGAGUCAAGCUAAUGGGGCGUAUGGUAGCAGGCUCUAUGGAAGAGAGUACCCCCAAGGAUUCUGAUAAUGAAAGUACAGAUGAUAAUUCCAUGGGCAAAGCAGCUCAAGUACAGCUGGUUAUGAAAGUUGAAGAAAGUUUAGGCGCUGUCCUAGUUUAUCCUGAAUACUCAGGUAACCGCUUAUAUCAGACCUUAGGCAACCUCCAAACAACGCCGUUGGCUGGCUAUGCAUUUCCUGAUUUUGAGUCAGGACAUAUACUGUACAUAACCGGGAAAACGGAAGUUUUAAUUGGGAAAGAUGCAGCUAGGAUAUUGCCCAGAUCCAAUCUUGCUGUCAAGGUCACAGUUACUGCUGCCAGAUAUGUUGAGCAUGGGCUUUCAUUUCGUGGGGAACCAAGGGAGGCAUCCCCUUAUAACCCAGAAGUACGAUACCUUGCUUCUGAGAAACCAGCCCCUGGCACCCGACUAUCCGACAGCAGCGAUAUGAAAGUGAUUUUAGUCAAAAAGGACGUUAUAACCCCAACAAUAAGCAGGUUUCGAUUCAAAACAUCCGACCCAUCAACAGCUCUCAAAUGGCUCCCGGGACAAUAUGCAACCCUCUCAUUCCAGGAAGAAUUAGAUAUGGGGUACAGCCACAUGAGGGACGAUGACCCCGCCAGCAUCAAUGACGAUUAUAUUCGUACUUUCACCGUGUCGUCACAUCCCGGACGCAACUUGGCCAAAAACGAAUUCGAAAUAACCGUUCGGAAAAAGGGCAAUGCGACAAGCCACCUAUUCAGAUCUAGUGAACGGAGCGGGCUAGAGCUUUCACUUCGCGGGUUCGAUGGUGAUUUCCGGUUCGAAUGUUGCAAUGCAGAUCAUAGCCCUGAUCAGGAUAAUUCCAUCCUCCCCUUUAUCGCGGGCGGAAUAGGGAUCACCCCCGUUAUUGCGCAACUGCCCGAUAUCGAUAUAUCAAGGUUAAAGCUCUUUUGGUCUAUAUCACUUAAAGAUAUCGGGCUAGUAUACGAUGUUUUUGAGAAAUUCCCUGAGCUACCCAAGGCCACGAUAUUAUUCCUUACUUCCGCGUCUGCGUCCGCCGAGGAAAGCCUUGACGAAGGUGAGAAAAAGAAGUUGGCGUCAGUGACUAGCUCAGGGGCUUCAAUAGAACGCCGUCGACUGAAGCAUGAAGAUCUAUCCUCCGUUCCCGAUUCUGACGUUUGGUAUCUUUGUGCUGGCACUGAAUUGAAAACAGCUGCCACCAAUUGGUUAACGGGCAAGAGGCUUGUAUACGAGGAUUUCAACUAUUGA